ACACACUGGGAGACGAUGGGUAAGACCCCUGUGAUGGAGGUGGAUGUCGCUCCCGGGACUUCUGAAUACACCACUGUACAGCAGAAAUUCCAGCAAAGCUGCAGAAACAUAAUACUGAAGAUUCAGCGUGUACAGAACAGAGAUCUCUGGCUCAACUACCAGAUAAAGAAGCAGAACAUCGACUCCAAGAACGGCUCCACCAACAACGAGAAAGAGCUUUUCCAUGGAACCGACGCCAACUCCAUCCAGCAUGUCAAUCAUAACGGAUUCAACCGGAGCUACGCAGGGAGACAUGCUGCUGCUUUUGGAAACGGAACAUAUUUUGCAGUACAUGCAAGUUACUCUGCUAGCAGUGCAUACGCCAAACCUGAUGCAAAUGGGCAGAAACACAUGUACCUGGCCCGCGUCCUCACCGGACAAUACUGUCGUGGACAAGCUGGGAUGAUAAUACCUCCUACCAAAAGUACAGCCAAUGUCACCGACCUGUAUGACAGCGUGACCGAUAACAUCCACAACCCUUCAAUGUUUGUGAUAUUUAAUGACAUCCAGGCCUACCCCGAAUAUCACAUCACCUUCCAGUGAUGAUGUAU